CAGACGAUUGAGGACCAUUGACUGAGUAAUACUGCUGAACUGACGUCGAUAAAAAUUUAUUGUAUAUGAUAAGACAAACGGUGUAAAUAAUUGAUUUACAUACAUAAGUGCAGUUUACCAACGCGUGUCUCCUGAAUCGCGGCCUUGUUAUCUCAGCGGCAAUUGCCGCUUCGUGUGUGUGUGUGUGUGUUUUAUGCGUGCCUGCUAAUAAACUCACAAACACUUUACAGCCGCCGCCCGCCUUGCCAGCUGUAAAACAUAUUCUGAUUUGUGAAACCAGAAUUUUGUAAUAUUCAGGGUGCAGUGACAAGUUGAGUAGCAACAACGACUGCUGCAAGGGUAGAAGGAGGCAUCAACAUCCUCGAGGUCGCAAGCGACACCUACAGGUGCGGAACAGAAAACCUAAAGAUGUCCACCGCCUUUUUAACGCUCAUCGCCGUCAUCGUGUGCAUUCUAUUCCGCAUCCUCAAUGUACACAGCCAGCCACUGAAGCCCAGCGUUUGGUGUCUCGAUGAGCAGUUUCUGGAUUGUUUGUACAAAAUAGCGCCGGUGCUGCGCGAGCCCUAUGUCCCACCACGCCUUUGGGGUUUCAGCGGUCAUGUUCAGACCGUAUUGCAUAGCAUUGUUGGCCGUGUACGUUGCCCCUGGCCGCUGGGUGAGCGCGUCUAUCUGUCGCUGCCCGAUGGCUCUACAUUAACAUACGAUCUCUAUCAGCCGCUGAAGGAGCAGGAGGAUGACAUCACUGUGGCUAUUUGCCCGGGCAUUGCGAAUAGUUCGGAAUCGGUUUAUAUACGCACCUUUGUGCACUUGGCCCAGUGCAACGGAUUUCGCUGUGCCGUUAUGAAUCAUAUUGGCGCCCUGCGUACCGUACAAGUAACCUCGACACGCAUAUUCACCUAUGGCCACACGGAGGACUUUGCCGCCAUGGUGGAGCAUUUACAUCAAAAGUAUAACCAGAAUCGCAUAGUCGCCGUUGGCUUUAGCUUGGGUGGGAAUCUCGUGACCAAGUACAUGGGCGAAAUGCAAAAAACUAAACCGAAUAGUGUCAUUGGCGGCAUCUCCAUAUGCCAGGGCUACAACGCCGUCGAGGGCACCAAAUGGCUGCUGAACUGGCAGAACUUCCGUCGCUUCUAUUUGUAUAUCAUGACCGAGAACGUGAAGAGCAUCAUUUUGCGUCAUCGUCAUGUGCUGCUCUCUGAUGAGGUGAAGGCACGUCAUAAUCUCAAUGAGCGUGAGAUUAUAGCGGCUGCAACACUGCCGGAACUAGACGAGGCUUAUACGCGACGUGUCUAUAACUUUGCGUCGACCCAAGAGCUUUACAAGUGGAGCUCAUCUCUAUUCUAUUUUGACACUAUCGAAAAACCGAUGAUAUUUAUUAAUGCCAAGGAUGAUCCACUGGUGCCUGUCGAGUUGCUGCAUCCAAUUAAGGAGUAUGCGAGCACUCGUCAAAAAUCAGCAUAUGUUGAAGUGGCGCAUGGCGGUCAUUUAGGAUUCUAUGAAGGCGGCUUCCUAUAUCCCAAUCCGGUCACUUGGCUAGAUCGCACGCUAGUUGCCAUGGUUGGCUCUUUGGUCCUGAUGCAUGCAGGCGGAAGCAAAGUGGCGACAUAAAGAGUCGGAUAACCCCUAUACUCUGUCAAAAUUUUUGAUGCCGCUGAACUAAAAAAUGCAUUUUGUUUUUGCCAAAAUUCCAUGUUGCUGUCAAAUGAGUCUUAUACAAAGUAAAACACAAUACAUAUAAAACCACUAUCAAUUUGGUGUAAACGAAGGACAUUUAUAUGAUGUAAACUUUUAAAAGUGCAUUUAAAACAGAGCAUUGAAUUGUAUUGUAUUGCGUUUAA